AUGGCGGGCACGCGGGACGCCAUCCUGGACGCGCUGGAGGACCUGACCGCCGACGAGCUCAAGAAGUUCAAGAUGAAGCUGCUGUCGGUCACCCUGCGCGAGGGCUACCGGCGCAUCCCGCGGGGGACACUGCUGCCCAUGGACGCCGUGGACCUCACCGACAAGCUCGUCAGCAGCUACCUGGGGCCCUAUGCCACCGAGCUCACCACCCACGUGCUCAGCGAGAUGGGCAUGCAGGACACGGCGGCGCGGCUGCAGGCCAAGGCCGCCAGGGCGGGCUCCGGAGCAGCGCCGGCGGAGUUCAGGGCCCCUCCUCCCCAGAUGGUAGCCUCGCCAGCACUGCACUUUGUGGACCGGCACCGGAAGGACCUCAUUCAGCGGGUCACAGAUGUGAACGGGGUGCUCGAUGUCCUGCACGGGAACGUCCUGUCGGAGGAGCAAUACGAGGCAGUGCGGGCAGAGGCCACCAACCAGGACAAGAUGAGGAGGCUCUUCAGCUUUGCUCCAGCCUGGAACCUGACCUGCAAAGAGCUGCUCUUCCAGGCCCUGAAGGACACCCAACCCUUCCUGGUGUCCGACCUGGAAAAGAGCUGAGGCACCAGCUUCAACUACCAGGGGUUGUACGUACUGAUUUUUUUUUAUACACAUUGUAUAAAGAACCAGCUUGUACUUGUGUGGGUUUUUCCUGCUUCCAGCCUGGAAGCACAUGCAGAGCUAAGCUACAUAGCUAAAUGAGCUUAGGCUCAGGUGAACCUCUACUCCACUGCCUUUCCUGGGGCAGCAGGCUCCCCAAA